AUGGAUCUCUCUAUGAUACUCAGCCCUGCCUUUGAGGAAGAGGAACACGCGGCAAUGAGUCCUACUCUGCGCAUGAUCAACCACAAAUGGCGGUCUGAUGAGCUCCAAUGCGCCGUGGCAAUCCUGCAGGACUUUCGACAGCUGCGUGGUGAGUCCUACAAGAACGCUCAGCACGACAUUCGUGGCAACGGUGGCGUACAGUACGUCACUACGCACAAACAUGAGGAAGGGGACAACAUCCAUGCGCAGUCCAUCGCUUGUCCAGACAACACAGUUCAAGUGGUAGCUGCUCGUGAAGAUGGAAUGGAAAUUGAAAACGCACGUGGUCAGCGGCAACAGUUCCAUACGGACAGCGUGUCCAAACUAGAUCUAUUAGUCCAAGCAGAUGCCAUUAUCAAGCAUCACCUUCCAAAGACUUUGUCGUCUCACAAAGACGAUGCGUCCCAACACCUGCGUAGUGGUGUGUGGUCUUGCGCUGAAGAAAAGUACGCCGCAGCACUUGUUGCGUACUUCUUGGAAGGGCUCUUAGACUUACCGGAAGGUUCAACUCUCCGCAAGUUUGUCGCAGAAAAGCUCCGGUGCAACAGACGUCGUGUCUCGAUGAAGCUUAGCACGGGAUCGUUGGCAGGCCAGAAAAUUCAGAGGAAAAUUGGUGCCUCGAUAUUUGUUGCUGCUAAUCCUCCUCCAAGCGAUCAGCAACGCCAAGAAAUAAAUCAAGAGCUAGAAAGGCUUUGGCGCGCCAGUCUCAACUCCGAACUAUGGAACAACGUUUACAAUGAAGACGGCGGCGAGGGUCACGCUCCCUCACAGCCAAGACUGUUAGCAGUGCAAGAAGAAAGUAAAGGUGACGGUAAUUGUCGUUGUCUCAACAAGUUUACACAACGUAAUCACAAGAAGAAAUUAGAGUUCGUGCCCAAACGUGGCAUUCCAAGGAUCAUCCGUACGGGUUUUGAGUCCCCUGAAGAAGAAGAGUUUGUCACCACCAUGUUCGAGUUCUUUAUGGAUGGCUCGCUGGAUCUACCCGAGGGAACGACGCUUGUGCGUUACUUAUGCCAGCAGCUAGGGUGUACACCGAUGCAGCUAUCAAUGAAACUAGCGCCGCGGCGCGUAGGUGAGCACAAGUUUCCGAAUAACGUUGGCCAUAUCCGAUAUGUACGCAAGGCAACAGGAGAUGCCUUACCGGGUAGCUCGAAUGACAAUCAUUUCUCUGAAGAGGUAUUCGAAAUGGAAAGUCGCAUUACUGAGCUACGACUAGCCCGUGAGGAAGCGCACAAAAGUGCUCAUUGUCCGAUCGCAUCGCACAUAAAGCGUGAGCGCAAAAGUAGCACGGCUGGUGGUUCUAGUAAAGGGACCGCAAAUGUGGCCAGUACGACUAGCGACAGUUUUGUGUGCUUCUUCCAGCGCAGUGGACCGUGGUCCCAUGAUGAAGAGGUGUACGCGGCGGCGCUUAUUGACUGCUUCUUAAAGGGGGUGUUGGAGAUCGCAGAAGGUACUACACUUCGUGCAUUUUUGUCAUCGCGACUAUGCUGCAAUCCCAUGCGCAUUUCCAAGAAGCUUGCAAGUGAGUGCAUUGCUGAAAUACGCAUUCCGAAGAAGUUAAGGAGUUCAACUUAUGUGCGUAAUGUUGAAGUGACCCCUGAGGAGCAAAGUGAGGCGGAAGGAGUUUUGAAUGAUCUACAGCGUGUGUAUAUGUGCUCAAGUACAGCCAAGCAGAACAACAUCUUGGGUUUAAAGCGUUCGCGUCGAUCUCAAGACCCCCGCCCUCGGCCGUUUGCUACCACGAUUGCCACGGACUCGGACGCUACUGGGUCGGAUCCUGACGCUUGCAAAAGGAGCCCCAUAAAGCGUCAAAAACGAGCAAAGUUUCACACUUUAGCGCAAGAAAAGCGAAAGCAACGAUGCCAAAUGCCCCACACAAGUCUCGCUCGCACUUGUUGUACCGGCAACACUAAAGCCAUAAUUGGCUUAGGGGUCUAA